AUCGUAGGGAGUGAGCAUACGGCUCGCGGUGCUCAUGCUUAUCGGUUCGUACACGAACACGACGACGACGACGACGACGACGACGACCACGCUCCCGGUUGUUCGCUUCUUCCAACUUUGCGUUGCUUCACUAGCAUGCCGGACGCGCGACGCUAAAGUUCCACCGACUGUUACAAUUUCAAAGUCCCUAAUCGAUCGAUUGAUUGACCCGUUGAUCGAUUAAGUACGAGACAAAUCAAGAAUUUUUGAACGCCGCUCUUCGUCGUUGUUGCGAAAAGAAAAAAAACAAAAAAAUACUUCGAGUGCCCAGGAUUUUUUUUCAACGAUAUCUUCACGGAGUUCCGACUGACACCUGCCGCUCCGUUGCAUACCUACUUUUUUCAUAUCUCGAGCUAGUGGAGAAAAAAAAAAAAAAGAAGUUGGUAAAAAAAAAACGAACGACGAGAAAACCUACGAGACACGAAGAGGAAAAAAAAUUUACAACGAAAUAGAGACGGAUAACAGGAUAUAGGAUAUCGUCCUCAACGUUGGAAGAUCUACUCGAUUCUUGGCUCAAAUAACGCGAGAAACUCAAGUUCGGGCCGCACCACACGUAUUCGUAGCUCUGCAAUAAAUAUAUAUUUUUUUUCUCUCUCGUCUCUUUCAUCCGUCGUAGGGAAACUGCGGAGAGGGAAGCGGAUAUUUUGCCUACCGUCCGUACCGAGAGAUAAGAAAUCUUCAUCAUGAUGACCAGGAUGUUGCUUCAGGAGCCCGGGUGGAAAUUGGACAGAAAAGGCUCCGCGCUUUUUCUGCGGAGGGACAGCACGCAGCUGGGAUCCGCGCGCGUCAGAUUCCGUUGCGACGUCGAAAUAAGGGAGUUCGAACGCGACGAAGAUAAUUACGUCGAUUCGGAAACCGUCGACGACGCGGCCAGCCCAUUUGCUAUGUGCGCCAGUUGUCUGGCCGCUUUGUGCGUCACGGUCAUUUUGCCGUGGCUUCUGAUCGGCGGUUAAUCCGAAAAAGAAGAUUCGAAUCGGUCGAGAGACCGCAGCGUAUGUAGAAUGAGAAAAUGAGGAAUUCUUCUUCUUUCGAUUUUUCGUAUUCUUUGUUUCUUUUUUAAUUAAAAAGUAAAUUUUUGCGCUCCGUACAGAGGCGAGAGUUUCUCGUAUGAAAUUGAAGCGCGGUUUUGGGUCCGAAUAAAUCGAUGAAAAAUUGCCCGACGUUACGAAGUCGAUGGAAAAAGGGGACCGGGAAGACAAGCGAGUGAAAUAAAGGGCGCGUAGGUAAAUUUGAUUGCAAAGUUUUAUGUUAUCUAAUUUUUAUAAUCGUGACUAACGUCAGUUUGUUUGUCAUCUGCGAAUUAAUCUCAUCGUUAGGGUUAUACGAUUUUCUCGCCCUUGUGUAACCUCAACAAUGCCAGAUAAUUGACCGCUGAUUUCAAUUAUCUGCUGGUUGAUCUAAUUUCAACUUUGACACAGAAUCAACUAUACGUUCGAUUCUUUCGACCCUCGAUGGGCUUAAGAGCUUAAAAGCUCGCGGCCGGUAAUUCUGACUGAUCCAAAUUUGUCCCGUGUAUACCACCGUGGUAUAAUGGGGCUGAAGUAGGGGGGACGUGAAAUUGGAUUUAGUUUUGUUUCCCCGUCUUUCUCUGCCGAGAGAAAGUUAAGUUAACAAAAAUUAGGUAAAAGUAUAAAUAUACCUUUUAUUAUUUCCCAUCAAAUUUUUUUCUAUUAUUCAUCUUCGUUUCGUGAAUAAUAAAGAAAGCAAACGAAUUAUUUGAGAGUUAGAAAAAACGAUUUUUCAAAAAAAGCUGUUGAACGCAGAAGUUGGUAGAAUCUAUCGAAAUAUUACCUGCAGCAUACGGCGAAAAGUGAAAAGGGAUAUUCGCAAAAAUUUGCCAAAAAUGCAUUUGUACGAUAAUUCAAAUGCUUAGAAUAAUAAUAUAGUGUAAUUAUACUGCGUUUUAAUUGUACAAAUUUAAGUGACUUUUUUUUUUUGAUUUAUUUGUUCGUUCUUUUCUUCCUUUCGUUUAACUCAGAUUUUUAUCCCUGUACGAAAAAAGUAUUUCCUAAGUAUAUAUAAUAUAAUUCCUGUAUAUAACGACGAUUGCAUAUAUGUACACGUGUAUCAUGUAAUUUGCAUAGAUGUUAAGAAAUACAUAUUUUUUUAAUAAAA